AUGGUGUUAAUACUUUCAUGUAUUUAUACAUUAUCACAACGACCAAAUAAAAAUACAAAUCCAUUAAAUAAUGAACAUGUUAAUAAAGAAAAAAUAAUAAUUGAUAGUUUAUCAAUAAUAUCAUCAUCAGAUAAUAUUCUUAUUGAACUUGUUGAAGAAUUAUAUGAACGUACUAAACAAUCAUCAACAUUACCAUAUGAAGCUUUACUUUUAUUACGUCCUUUAUCAUUAUUACUUGCACGCAUUAGUUUUUUUUUUCGUGCUUUAAUUAAUGCACGUUAUUCAGCUAAAGUUAAUGAAUGGACUUUAUUAUCAAUGACAAAUAUUGCACAAAGAAAAAUCACUAAGUUUUUAUUGAUGUUAUCACGUUUCAGUGUUCGUUUCGAAGAAUCAGGCAAUCGUUUAUUUCUUAUUGCUGAUCGAAAAUAG